AAUGUAAUAACCUUCUAUCCGAAGACUACAUUAGAGCACAUGGCUGCGGUUGAGCUUCGUGACUUUGCAUGCAAAACUGUGAAGCGGAGUGCAAGCUUGUUCUUGAAAAGCCAUCGAGAGACCAGAACAGCUGGUGCCCCUGUAAUAAAGAAGAAUGCUCGAUCCCUGCAUUUUUCAAGAACAAGCUUGCACUCUGGGGAUGCAAGGGCAAGCAAGGUUUCUUCAAGGGAUGCUGCUGCCAAGGAAGGGGAUGGCAAAAGACCUUGCAGUGAUGAGCUGGCUAAUCAAAAGACUACAAAGACAUAUGAGCCAGCCAAGAAGAGGGGUGUGGGUCAGCCUCCAAAGAGUGAGCAGAGGAUUGUUGGGGCACAGGAAAAUAGCCCCAUCAAAGGCAGGAAAAGUAGCGCUGGGGCACAGGUAGAUAGCCCCAGCAAAGGCAGGAAGAGGAGUGCAGAAGCACAUGAUGAUAGCUCUAGCAAAGGGGGCAAGAGGAGCCAGCGGUGAAGCUACCAUCAGCUCAAUGCCGGUGAAACUGUGUACAGCUUAACCAUAUAUCAUAGGUUGUUCCCUUCCGGUUUGUUUACUUGACAAAAAAAGUUAUUGUCCCAGUUUUCAAACUGAUGUAACAGGAAGGGUUAGUUGUUUCUGAUGUUGUUUUGUAAGGAGUAAGGACAAUUAGAAGGGAACCCUCAUUUUUAUAUUGAGAUUAUCCGAGUUAAGCUAUACAUAUCUGACCAUGUAAUGCUUAUAGUAGUUUAAGUUGUUAUACCAUGU